AUGGAUAUGGUUUCGCAGUCCGAGCACCUGUGCUACGUCCGCUGCACCUACUGCAACACCGUGCUCGCGGUUGGGGUUCCAUGCAAGAGGCUGAUGGACACGGUGACUGUCAAGUGCGGCCACUGCAACAACCUCUCCUACCUCAGUCCACGUCCCUCCAUGGUGCAGCCGCUCUCGCCGACUGAUCACCCCUUGGGGCCAUUCCAGUGUCAGGGACCCUGCAAUGAGUGCAGGAGGAACCAACCGCUGCCGCUGGCCCCGCCGACAUCAACUGAGCUCAGCCCGAGAAUGCCCUUCGUUGUCAAGCCCCCGGAGAAGAAACACCGCCUCCCAUCUGCUUACAAUCGCUUCAUGAGGGAGGAGAUUCAACGCAUCAAAGCUGCGAAGCCAGAUAUCCCUCACAGGGAGGCCUUCAGCAUGGCUGCCAAGAAUUGGGCGAAGUGCGACCCGCGCUGCUCGACGACGACUGCCUCUACUGCCACUUCCAACAGCGCUCCAGAACCUAGAGCAGUGCCCACUCCUCAGGUAACUGAGGCACGCUUUGAUCUGGAGGAUAGGGCCAAGGAGCAAGUCAUCGAGAGUUUCGACAUCUUCAAGCAGAUUGAGCGCAGCAUCUAG